CACAAUGGAGCGGGCAGGCAGACGGGCACAGCGCUGAAAGCUGAGCUGUUUUGUGUUACACACCGAGAAGGAGCGGAGAUUACACACACACACACACACACACACACACACACACACACACACACACACACUGAGGAUAGUUUUUUUCUGCACAUCCAAAGAGGCUGUAUUGGGAUAUUUAGCUGCAUCACUCGAGGUCAUCAUGCCUCCCACGACGCCCUACGCCGGCAAGUUCAGCCCCUGCGGUCUGUACAGCAACAGCGCCGCCACCUCGCAGCCCCACAGUCCGUACCGUAACGCCGCCACCGCCGUCGCCGCUGCCAAGGCCACCAAGGAGACCGCCUACAGCAUCGCCUACGCCGCCUCAGAGAACCCCUACGACAUCCCGCAGCCCCACAGCUCCUAUCAAAACGCCGCCGCCGCCGCCAUGUGCACUAAGGAGCAUCUGUACAACAACAACAACCACUGCCCGGCCUCAGAGAGCCUGUACUGCGCGCCGCAGCCCCACAGCCCGCGCCGCAGCGCCACCUCCUGUCAUGGCCGCUCGUGCCGCAGCUCCAGCAGCGGCAGCGAGCACCACCGCAGCACCAGCGGCGGCAGCAGCGACCGCUACCGGCACUCCAGCAGCGGCAGCGAGCAGUCGUACCGCAACGGCGCCGCCUCAGCCAAAGAGCAUCUGUACGGACACGGCAUCGCCGCCAGCUAUGGGGAGAUGUGUUACCAUGACAACAGCUUGGUGUCUGCGUCGCUGGAGGCGCUGAUCCAGCACCUGGUUCCCACCGUCGACUACUAUCCCGACAGGUCGUACGUCUUCACCUUCCUGCUGAGCUCCCGUCUGUUCCUGCACCCGUACGAACUCAUGACCCGAGUUUGUCACCUGUGUGUGGAGCAGCAGCGCUCCGGAGACGCCCUGCUGGACAAGAUCCGGAUCCGCGACGUGGCGCCGAAGCUGGUGCAGCUGCUGACCGAGUGGACGGAGACGUUUCCCUACGACUUCAGAGACGAGAGGAUGAUGCGCUGCCUCAAAGACAUGACGCACCACGUGGCCCGAGCGGACGAGUACUCGUGGCGGGCCAUGCAGCAGAUGACCCAGCAGCUGAUCAAGCGCCUGUCGGCUCUCGGUCAGUACGAGGAGGCCGUGGCGGCGCUGAACGCCGUGGCGAUGGAGCGGCCCGCCUCCCUGAAGAGCAAGCAGGCGUCGGGUCAGCGCGUGGACGUGCUGAGCGUGUGCGACGACCCCUUCGUCCUCGCCCAGCAGCUCACACACAUCGAGCUGGACCGGCUGAGUUUUAUUGGACCGGAGGAGUUCAUCCAGACGUUCGCCAUGAAGGAUCCUCUGGAAAACCACAAGGGUUUCUUCCGGAAGCGUAAGACCAGUAACCUGGAGGCCUACGUCAGCUGGUUCAACAGGCUCAGUUACCUGGUGGCCACAGAGAUCUGCAUGCCCGUGAAGAAGAAGCACCGAGCGCGAGCCAUCGAGUUCUUCAUCGACGUGGCGCAGGAAUGCUUCAACAUCGGCAACUUCAACUCCCUCAUGGCCAUCAUCACUGGGAUGAACAUGAGUCCCGUUUCCAGACUGAAGAAAACUUGGAGUAAAGUCAACACCGACAAGUUCGAAAUUUUGGAGCACCAGAUGGACCCGUCCAGUAACUUCAGUAACUACCGCACUGCGCUCCGUGGCGCCACCCAGAGGUCAGAGACGGCACACAGCAGCCAGGAGAGGAUUGUAAUCCCCUUCUUCAGCCUCCUGAUUAAAGACAUCUACUUCCUGAACGAGGGCUGUGCCAGCAGAUUGCCCAACGGACACAUCAACUUUGAGAAACUGUGGGAGCUGGCCAAGCAGGUGAGCGAGUUCCUGGUUUGGCGUCAGGUGAUCUGCCCGUUCGACCGGGAGCGCCGGGUCCUGCAGCACCUGGUCACCUCGCCCAUCCUCAGCGAAGACGAGCUGCACCUGGCCUCGUAUGAGAGUGAAGGACCUGAGAAUAACAUGGAGAAGGACAGUCGCAGGUCUCUCAGAUCCUCCCUUCUGCACCGGGAGAAUCGCUCGUAAGGCGGCGGUGAGCGGAAACCUCCACGGAGCCGCAGCUUUAAACUUCAAACUUCAAACCGCAGCCGAACCCACGACCAAAUUUCAGUCCCGACACAAACCGGAGCCGUAAAAACUCUGAACCACGGGACCUGGAGUGCAGCUCCGGGCCGGUUUUCACAUCAGAACAGUAUCACAUGAGCUUGGAGAGCGCGAGGGGUGGAAAUGGUUUAUAAAUCAAAUUAGGAUUUCACAUGAAAGGCCUUGAUGAAAUUCAUUCAGUGCCAUACACACCUCUGAUGGACAGAAAUCUUCUUUGACCUUUGACCUUUUGCCUGGAUCACUGAUUUGGACCAUCAGCUCUGCUCUCUGUGAACUCUGUCUUAUUUACGUGAUGUGAGAAAACUCUGUAAUCCAGUCUGAGGAGCUACAGAUUAUUUGGAUGGAGUUUUGUCCUCAGACUCUGCGGCGGCCAUGUUGGAGGUCUUCAGCUCGUUCUCCUGGAGUUCAUGAACAAAGUGAACAGAUGUGGUUUAUUUCUGAGCUGUUCUCGACUGGAUCAUUUUAUCACUGAUUUGUUGUUGAUUUUGUGUUUAGAUCAUGUCUUCUAAGCUAGCUAAUCUUAGCAUCUGGUCGCUCAGCGUGUGGCGGUCUUUUUAUAAAAGCAGCUGCACGCCAGCAGAUUAAUCUGGUAGAGGCUAGCAUUAGCAGUAGCUAAUAAGUCGUGCUAACUUUACAAUCAGCUGCUUGAAUUGACAGUUAGCCGUGAUUGUUCAGGUUGACAUUUGCAUACGUUUGAUAAUUAGCCUGUUGGCUAGCUAGUUAGCCAACAUUUCUUCAGAUUAGCAGUGGAUGUGUUGGUAAAUUCACUCAGAUGCAGAAUUAUUUCAAAAAUUACAAACAAGAAAUCUGUCAGCAGGAAACAGAAACCGUGGUGUGAUGUAGCCUUGAUGUUGCUCUGUUUGGCCAUUUAUAACAUAUUAAUGUGCUCACUAAGACAGUGAACAUGAUAAUUAAUACAAGGUGAGUCAGUCUCCUCUAGUGCAGCGACUCUGGGAAUUGACCUACAUUAGAGAAACAACAGUGUCUGCUGUGAACGGGCUAAUGACAUAAGAGGCAGGAUAUCAGUCUGCUAUUUUCAUGUUUUAGCAGAAAAAAAAUGUCCUGACCCCACCAGAGUGAAUUUACAAACACAGCUGACUUCAGUUGCUUUGGGGAAAAAAAUGGCGUCUUAGACAAGAUCGGGCGUUUCAGCAGAGACGUCAGGAAUCCCAUUCGUUCUAAACGGCGGUUCUGUGUUUUGGCUGCAGCCGUGCGUACCGCCGCCGCCACCGCCACCAGGGGGUUCGACAAAAAAGUAGAUCCAGAAUCGACUUUUGCAGCAGGGCAGCCCAAACCAAAGCCCAGGCCGUCCCAGACCUGCAGCCACGCCUCGUCCUGUCUGAAGGCGACCUUACCGACGAGCUCGCCGUAAUAGUUUAUUCAGGAUGAGCUGAUCAUGUCAAGCUACGACUUGGAGAGUUUUGUUUUUGCUGUUUUACCUCCAACAUCACUGAACUGACUGGCGACCACGUAUUUCUUUACUUGUCGUGUCCAGCCGGUUCUCCCAGUGGACCUCCAGCAUGGCUCCAGACGUGACCACCAGUAACUCCACUACAUCCACAACGGGCUCUUAUUCUGAAGGCCUGUUGGUCGAGGUUUCUGAUGGCUCUGACCGGCAGCUCGCUCAACACUGACUUGUAUUAUAAAUAACCAUAAAUAACGAGCUGCUAUUAGAAGUGGUUUUGCUGCAUUGUUUUUCUCGUAGGAGCGCUUGGUUUAUAACGCCGCAUCUGAUCAGCUGAUCCCUCGCUUUCCGCCGCUCACGGCUGCCACGUGGCCGCCGACGAGGCCUCGGGUUUGAUUUUGACGUCGGCCGCUUGUGGAGACGCUCGGUCAUGGCCGGCGGUGGGCGGCUCCACCACAACCCACUGCAAUCUCAGCUUUUGCAUUUUUUUUUUUUUUUGUUUCAUCUUUUGUGGACGAUGGGCCGCUUAAGAAAUCCUAAUCAGUGUUGAUCAGAUUUUAAUGAACGCUUGGGAAAUCUCCAGCUGUGACGAACGCCUCCAGCUUUUGUUUCAUCAUUUUGUCAUGUGGGCAUUUUGAUUUCAUUUUUUUUAAAUAUUGGUGGUGGCAGCAAACCCAGAUAUCAAGCUAACCAUGUGAGGUAAAUCAAACGCACUUCAUGUACAUCAGUGAGGUCUUGUGUAUUGUAAUAUAGGACCGCGCGGCUCCCUUGCCAAGGUGCAUUUCUAUACAGUAUUAACUUGUAUUUUGUAUCAGAAGGUAGAAAUGAAUCAACACGAUGUGCUUAUGUUCUCCUGAGGUUUCGCCAUGAGCUCGUUGCUGGUUGGCUUGCUCUGUGUCGGUAAACGUGUAAGCUAAUUUUUUUUUUAAAGUUAAUCCUAAAAAUUCUCCGUGCACAACAAAAUGUAUGGGGUCUGUUUGAAGCACUAACUCAGAUAUCGUCUUUAUUCGCUGAAAUACAAACAACCUCAAGCUCCUCUUCAUCUCAUCUGUGAUGAUCUGAAUGUGACAGUAUUGCCUUUAAACUCCAGCUAUAAAAAAACAUUUUUUUAUGUUAAAGUCGUUGAUUUUUAUGUUUUCAUUUGUCCAAAAAAAAAAAAAAAAAAACUUUCUGUCAUGUAUGCUUUUUCCACUUUUUUGUAUCUUUUGUGUCACCUGUCAGGGUACUUGUAUUGAAGGUCUUUGUGAAAAGAGAAAUAUAUAUUUUUUCUUUCAAAUAAACAGUAAAAGAAUA